AUGGGAUUGGCCUCUGUUGUUCUCAACGGCAUCCGAAUUCCAUUCAACUUCGAUCACAUUCGCACCCUUCCACACUCUGCUCAUGUACUUCACCAUCCCAUCUCUUCCUUUUGUUCAGUUUACCAUCAUCGUCCUCUUCACCUUGUUCCCCUUUUAUGCUCCAGACGAAUUGGGCAAGACAAUUAUGCCUCAGAAGUAAAGAGGAUUAACGCCCAACCAAAGGAUGAAAUUGGCAACUUUGACAAAUCUCCUACUCAGGAAUCUCUAGCAAAUGAAGAUUACAAUUCCUCCAUUAGAACUGUAGCCUUAUGGGUGUGCACUGCGUUGGCAUUUGGUGUUGGUUUGGGUUUUAAGGAAGGUUUUGACAAAGCAUCCGAAUUCUUUGCUGGGUACAUAUUGGAGCAAAGUCUUUCUGUAGAUAAUCUCUUUGUCUUUGUUCUGAUAUUCAAUUACUUCAAAGUGCCGGUUUCAUAUCAGAGUCGUGUGCUCUCCUAUGGCAUUGCUGGUGCAGUUGUCUUUCGCCUGACGUUAAUACUUGUUGGAACAGUGACCCUUCAGAGAUUUGAAGCAGUCAACCUUCUCUUGGCAGCAAUAUUACUCUACUCAUCAUUUAAGCUGUUUGCCAGUGAAGAAGAUGAAUCUGACUUAUCAGAUAACUUUGUGGUGAAGACGUGCCAGAAAUUUAUCCCUGUAACAACGUAUUAUGAUGGAGAUCGAUUCAUAACAAAUCUCGAAGGGGUGUGGAAAGCCACCCCGUUGCUUCUUACUGUAGCUGUUAUUGAGCUCAGUGACAUUGCAUUUGCAGUUGACUCAAUACCUGCAGUAUUUGGUGUAACACGGGAUCCAUUUGUUGUCUUUUCAUCUAAUCUUUUUGCCAUUUUGGGUUUAAGAUCGCUUUACUUGAUAAUUUCUGAGGGUAUGUCAGAGUUGAAGUACUUACAGCCCUCCAUUGCUGUUGUUUUGGGAUUUAUUGGGGUUAAGAUGAUCCUGGACUAUUUUGGAUUCCAUGUCUCCACAGAGGCAUCUCUUGGUUUUGUAGCCUCAAGUCUUACCAUUGGAGUGGUAUUAAGUCUGGCUAAGAAGUCUGAGUAG